AUGUCAUGUAUACCCAGAAUGCACAGUGUCUUAACGUCGUUUAGAAGACAUUAUUCGGCUCACAUUCAGGAUUCUAUCAGAAGGAUCACUAUACAGGACAUUCAAAAGAAAUACAAAAAUGGUACGCAUCUAACAAUGUGCACUGCGUAUGACUACAUCACUGCUAACUGGGUCCAUAAAUCUCAGUGUGAUAUGAUCCUAGUAGGUGAUUCUUUGGCAAUGACCUCUCUAGGUUAUGAUUCUACGACAGAUCUACCCUUUGACGAAUUCAAAUAUCAUGUGAAGUCCGUCUGUCGAACAAGGGGACCAUCUCUCAUUGUCGUAGACAUGCCCUUUGGAUCCUUCGAGCAAAGCUUGGAAUUCGGUAUAUCAAAUGCUGUGGAGUUGAUGAAAUUAAGUAGUGGGGUGACUUCAUUAAAAAUUGAAAUGGGUACAUACGCUAAAGAUAAAUACACUUUCCAAUUAAUUAAAGAAUUAUGCUCAAGGGGCAUCCCAGUAAUGCCACAUAUAGGACUAACACCUCAGAGAGCACAUUCGCUGAGCGGAUUCAAAGUACAGGCCAGUAAAGAUGCAACUGCCAUAAGAGAUUUAUAUGAAACCGCGUUAAAAUUACAAGAGCUUGGCUGUUGGUCUUGUUUGCUUGAAUGUGUUCCACACAAAGUAGCAAGUUUCAUCACCUCAAAAUUACGGAUACCAACUAUUGGCAUUGGCGCAGGAGGUGGUACUAGUGGUCAAGUGCUAGUGGUUGCAGACAUGCUGGACAUGCAAAAUAAUCGUGUGCCCAGAUUUGUUAAAAAAUACAAUAGUCUGGAGAACAUUGCCGUGGAAUCCUUGAAGAAAUACAAUGAAGAUGUAACCACGAAUACUUUCCCAGAAACAGACUUGCAUGCCUUUAAAGUGAAAGAAGACGUUUGGCAGGAUUUCGUCUCACAGAUUGAAAACAUUUAA